AUGAGCUUCACUUUCGACGUGCUCAAAGGCUCAAAGGACGGGAAACUAGUUGCAGCUAGGACAACUCGGAUUUUGCAGCCCAAUGAGGUCUACGUUGAGAUAACCCAUACCGGAGUGUGCGGCACGGAUGAGCAUUACAGGCAUGCAGACCAGGUUCUGGGUCAUGAAGGUAUCGGGAUUGUGAGGCAGGCGGGGUCUGGCGUUACCAAUGUGAAAGUCGGAGAUAGAGUUGGUCUCGGAUACUUCCGCAAGGUCUGCGGACUUUGCCCAAGUUGCUUGGAAGGUUGGGACCAGUAUUGCGAGAAGAAAAGAGAAUAUGGCACCUCUGAUUUCGAUAUUGGGACUUUCGCCCAUGGGGCUGUCUGGAACUCUGACUGUGUCUUUCGUAUACCUGAUGGUAUUGACUCAGUUGACGCCGCUCCCUUGAUGUGCGCUGGCGGAACGGUAUGGACCAUCUUGUCCGAAUAUGGAGUGCGGCCAACAGAUCGUGUUGGGAUCCUUGGUGUCGGAGGCCUCGGACACAUGGCCAUCAAGCUCGCUGCCGCCAUUGGUAGCCAUGUGGUAGUUUUGUCGAGCAGCGAAUCAAAGAGGCAGGAAGCUAUGGACUACGGUGCCAGCGAGUACCAUGUAUUCCGUGCGGGACAGCCCAUGGAGGGCUUGAAGCCCUUGAAGCACCUCCUGCUCUGUGGGAAUGCUGGGGUUGAUUUUAACUCACUCAUCCCUUUGAUGGAUAAACAAGGCACCAUAUACCCAAUUACAGUCAACCUCAACCCAUCCUCCAUUCCACUGUUUCCUGUGCUUCAAAACGGAAUUCGCAUUCAAGGGUCGCUGGUUUCUUCACGCCGGAGUAUGCAUCAACUGCUCAAGCUUUGUGCAGCUAAGGGCAUCGGACCUACCACAAUGCAGUUCCCCUUGACUCUAGCUGGCGCGGAGGAUGCAAUGAAAAAUCUCAGGGAAGGAAAGAUCAGAUACAGAGCUGUUCUUGUCCGCGAAGGCAUUUGA